UGUUUCCCUCUGACCCACUUUUCCGCUCACAGACGAGAAGGAUUACAAAAAUUAAAUCACGAAGAGAAGUAAAAUGUGUAAUGACGAAUUUUUCUCCUUUAGUUUUUUUUUUAUAAAUCACAAAAUUUGAAGAUUUAACAAAUUAAUAAACAUACGCUCUUAAUAGAGUGGUUUUAUUAGUUAACAAAAAUUAAAUCUAAAACAACUGCUUCACAAUUUGGACGUGUAAACUGAAUUUCAUUGGUUUAUCCAAGAAUAGUCCGCCAUGGGGCUCAGUGUUAUUCCCUUUAGUGCUGUUACCGGUUUUUGGGCGAUCUUCGGGAUUAUCUUGCCCUUCUUGGUCCCGAGAUCGGAUUACGUCGGGCUUGUUCGCAUGAGUUUGGCCCUGACUGCGUUCUGCUGCUGGCUUUUCUGGCUUUGUGUUUACUUGGGGCAAAUGAACCCAUUGAUUGGUCCCAAGCUUACAAAUACAACUCUGAUCGUCAUGGCUCAAUACUGGGGGAACAGGAUACCUGAACUGGCAAACUCAUAAAGACUCAAACAUUUCUACAGUUGAGUUCUGUUUUUGUCAAUACAAUUUUAUUAAAACGAAUUGAGCAU